UAAUCAAAUACAGUCAAUGUCAAACGGUUGCUUACGUUUUGUGUUUAAAAGUACAUGAAAAAUACAAUGUACUAUAGACAAUAAUCUGUUUAAAAUGUCUUCAGAUUUUAUUUUUACUGUUGUUUAUGUUUUACUUUGUAUUUGUUUGAUAUACCCUCCAACUGAGUUUGUAAGUGCAGGAGUAACAAUAGAAAAUCUUUUUAGUUUUACUCUAGGAAAUCAACAUGAAGGAUUCGUAUUAUAUCAUUUAAAAAGACAUUGCUUAAUUCUUAUUUUAUAUUCUCUUCUACCAAUUGAUUACAUUAUUUUAACAUCUUUUCUUGGAUAUACAGAUUUUCUAUAUGGUUUUUAUCAAACUUUUCCGUUUUUUUCAUCUUGCUUUUUAACUUUUGCGGUCAUCCUUCCCGCCACUAGUAUAUAUCAAGUACUCAACUGGAAGAGGAAUAAUUAUGAAAAACAUCCAGGUGUAAUAAAUAUAUCAAAGUUUUGUAAUAAUAAUGUCGAUUGGAAAACAGUCGCGAAUAAUAUUGAUAUGGAAUAUCGUAGUGUUGACAAAAUAUGUUUGCAAACAAGUACAAUUGUGACAGUAGUAGUUACUGAAAAUUGGAUAAUUAAAGUGACACCUUUAACAAUAAACGUUGUACAUCAAAGUGACGCAUCUUUAGUAGUAAAAGAAGCAAAUUCUUUCGAUCUUUCUCCAAAUAAUACAAUCAGUGUACAAUAUUUGAAUAUAGAAGUGAAAUCUGAAAGGCAAGGAGUGGAACCUUUCAUUAUAAGAAUAAAUGCUAGUGAUUUUAGAGAUCUGAAAGAUAGAGUAGCUAGAAGUAUUACAAUUUUACCUAACGUUAAGUUCCAUCAGAGUAUUUUAGAUCAAUUUGUGGAUGUUUUUAAAGAAACCAUAAGCAAUAAUCCCAUAUAUGAAACAAAUGAGAUUUCAGAUCGUUGUAUUGGUUGUAUGACAGUUGAUCCAAAUGUAAAACUUCAAAAAUUAUGUGAUGAUUCCUCGGAAAGCCCAGAUAAAUGUACAAAUUGCUACUGUAGACCAAUGUGGUGUAGUGAUUGUAUGGCUAAAUGGUUCGCGUCUAGACAAGAAGCAGAGAGGGUGAAUACUUGGCUCUCUUCUAAAUGUACUUGCCCUAUGUGUAGAGCUACUUUUUGUAUGUUGGAUGUGUGUCUAAUAAAUACUGUUCAGAGAGAAUGAUUUUAUUUUUGUUAUUGCUUUGUUUAUUAAUGUACCAGAAAGUUUGAAUACUCGCAAUAAACUAUUAACAAAUAUA